CAACGAAAAAGAAGAAGAAAAGGGAUCUGGGCUUGGGGCUGGCUAGGGGUCGGGUGGGGGGAAACCGGGGUGUCUAGGGGGCUGGCCUCAGGGCUAGCUAGAGGGCUCGGUUGAUGGCGCAAGGAAGGGUUCGGGGCUGAACUGGGCUAGGUCUAGGUCGACGGUGCAGAGAGGGGCUCAGGCAGGGAGGGCUCGGGCAGGGAAGGGCGCGGCUCGGGAGGUGGGUGGUGGUCGACGGCGCAAGGGCAGGGCUCGUGGGCUGGGUCGACGGCUAGGGUUCUCGGGGCUAGGCUGGGCUAGGGGUAGGGUGGUGGUCGACGGCGCAGGAUGUGGGCUCAGGUAGAGGUCGACGACGAUUGGGCUGGGCUCAGGGCUGGCUGGGGAUCGGGUGGUGGGCGAGGAUAGUAGGGAUGGCAUCUCAGGUGGUGGGCGAUGGCAACAGGGGCUGGGCUCGGGUGGUGGCAUCGGGCAGUCAUGAAGUGGGAUUUUUCUGAUAAAGUAUGUGGAGAUUCUCCCCUACCAAGGUGGAUGGAACCUGAAUAUUUUUUAAGGAAGCAGAAGUUGAAUGCAAAAGAAAUGGCUGAAGCCCUUAAGAGAGCUAAAGGUUUUAAAUCUAAAGAUCCCUUUUUCAUGAUUUGCAUGCGACCAUCGUUUGUUGGAACUAAGCUUAAUAUGAUUAUACCAUCUGUCUUUGCAAAACAUUACCUCCUCAGUACUAGUAAGCAUCAAGAUGUGAUCCUUAAGGUUCAGGAUGGAAGGACCUGGUCUGUGAAAUACUAUUUCAGAUCGCAUGGCAGGUCUCCAAAAACCAGAUUUGAGGGUGGUUGGAAGGCAUUUGCUGAAGACAAUAAUUUGAAAUUAGGUGAUGUUUGUGCCUUUGUUUUGAGAAAGAGUACGGGGAUAAUGUUGUUUGAAGUCGUUAUUUUUUGUGAAAAUGGAGUAGCAAAUUCCCCUAUGGUACCAGAACUUAAUGUCAUGACAAAAGAAAGUCGAUCAAGUAAAGUAGAAUCUUGUAGCACCAUGAAGGAGCAAGUUCUUGAAAGAGCAAGUUGUUCUCAAACUAAAAGGCCAUCCUUCACAGUCACUAUGCGUGCAGUGUACACAACUAGCCGUUGUAAUUUUUGCUUGCCAUACAAGUUUGUGGAGAAGUACAAUAGUAAGAAAGAAUGUGAGGUAAGGCUUUGGGUUUCGGAUGGUAGAUCUUGGUUUGUCCAAUUAAGGAUGAGGCAAAGAAAUGUGUUACCCAGAGCUGAAUUGUUAAGCCAUGGCUGGAAAGCAUUCGCACUGGACAAUAGUCUGUGAGCGGGUGAUGUUUGCACAUUUGAACUUACUAACAAUGGCAAUGAAAUUUCAUUUAAAGUUUCCAUUGUUAAGAUAGCUGAUGAUGCAUGUAACAAGCAAGUUGCAAAUAAGAGAAGAACAACUACACCAUCCAAGAGAAAGAGAAAUCCUUGUGUGAAAGUUGAAUCUUCUUUUAAUUAUGAUAAAGCCAACAUGAUUCCACAGAACCUGAUUGUAAAGAUAGAACAAGAGAAAAUUAAAGUUGAACCUUCAGACAACUUUAUGAAGCUGAUAUCUGAAGCAAAUACUGGUAAUCAAGGUACUUGUAAGAGGCCUUCAUCUUCUGGACUUAGAGAGCUUCUGAAGCAGCCAGCCAAUUCUUCUCGAAAAAUCCUUACUUCCAAGUGAUUUUGCGAUCAAAUCACGUGCUUGGAUGUGUACUGCAUAUUCCAUGUAAUUUUGGAGUGCAUUAUUUUGAGGAAAAGACACAAACUGUGAUGCUUUGGGUUGGUGAGAAAUAUUGGUAUGUGAAGUUAUUGGCUUAUAAAUCAGAUUAUAAAUUUUCUGCUGGGUGGGCUGCAUUUGCAAAAGGGAACUCUCUUCAGCCAAGAGAUGUAUGCAUCUUUGAGCUGAUUAAGAGAAAUCAAUCUGAGAUGAAAGUUUAUAUAUUUAGACAAAGUGGUUUGGCUCAAGAGUAGUAACUGUUGUAAUUAUGCAAAUCUAUGAAUGAGUUGUUUCAAUUUUAUGCCUUCCCCUGUUUCUCAAAUAUGAUCCUAAUUAAUUUUUACUACUUUUUGAU